UGGCUACGGGUACGUCUAGACGUAUUCCUAACAAAAUAAGUUAAAGAUACGUCCAAACUUUCGGACGCGGAGGAGCAUAAUUGUUUCGAUUUUAUCAAAGAUUUGCGUUAACAAUGACUUUGAAUGUUGGUGAUAGUUUUAACUCUUUAAAAGAAUUAGAAGAAGCGAUUAAGAACUAUGAAAUUGAAUUUAACGUUUCUCUAUACAAACGAGAGAGUAGAUCUAUUGCAUCUGCAAGGAAAAAAGGCAUUAAACGAACGUUAAAUGACGAUUUGUUAUUUUAUAGUAUGCAUUAUGCAUGCUAUCAUGGAGGGAAAAAUUUUAAAAGUAGAUCAAAAGGAAAGCGUCCAAAUCAAAGCACAUUUCAGAUAGAUUGCCCAUAUGGAAUCUGGAUAAAUGUAUCCGAAAAUGGUUCACAAUUAUGCAUACAAAAGUUGGUAUUGGAGCACAACCAUGUCGUUGACAAAGUCAGUAUUUUAUCUUAAUUUGAAUUAUUUUUGAUUUGCUA